AUGCGCCAGAAACGUGCCAAGGCGUACAAGCGCGUCAUGGCGCUGUACGUGUCCGCCUUCAACUUUCGCCAGCCGUACCAGGUCCUCGCGUCGUCCGACUUUCUCGUCGAGGCCGGCAAGUCGCCCGAGAUCGACAUCCUCAAGAUGAUGGGCACGACGGUGCAGGGCGAGAUCAAGCCUAUGAUCACCCAGUGCUGUAUUGAGGCCCUCUACCGUCUCGGCAAGGACGCGCAGGCCGUCGUCAACCUCGCCAAGCGCUGCGAGCGCCGAAAGUGCAACCACCGCACGGCCAUUGACCCGCACGAGUGUCUGAAGGAUGUCAUCGCUGCAGAUAUCGCGAUCCAGAAGCUGGCCCAGAACACAUUUGCUAGCCGCCUGCGCCCCACACUCGAGCUGCAAACAUCACCGUUCCCAGCUCGCUCCUCGUGUACCGUUUUCUGGAAGACUGGCGCUCACCACCCACCCGCAGGCGAGACCAACAAGCACCGCUACGUCCUUGCGGUCCAGGCCCAAAAGUUCGCGACGGCAAUGGGCACCAUCCCCGGUCUGCCGAUCAUGCACUUCAACGCGCGCGGCGUGCUCGUCCUCUCGCCCCCGUCGACCGCGACGGUGCGCCACAAGAACGCGCUCGAGGAGGACAGGCGCGUGGGCGGCGCGGCGCUGCUCGAUGGCGUGGUGGACGGCGCCAACGUCCUGGGCGGCGGGAGCAGCGGGGGCGCCGGCGGCGCCGUCGAGGGAUCCAUGGCGCGCCGCAAGGCCAAGCAGCCCAACCCGCUCAGCAUGAAGAAGAAGAAGAAGGGCACCGACGAGGCUGUGGGCAAGAAGCGCUCGCGUGACGACGACGAGGACGGGCACGAGGACAAGGAGGACGAGGACGAGGACGAGGCCGAGGCGGCUGGUGCGGGCGAAGGAGGGGAUGCGGCGGGCCGUAAGAAGAAGAAGAGGAGACGCGGAAAGGGCGGCAAGGGCGAGGUCGCGGCUGCCAUUGCGGAGAUCAAGGCUGGCGGCCUCGGCGGCGUCAUUAGCAUGGCGCCCGAGGAGGCUGUUGGCGGCGGCAGCGGCGAGGCGAGCGGCGACGAGUCGGACUAG